AUGGUUUCCCAAGUAGACCAAGAGCUCCGAGAAGGCCGCGCCCUGGGGUCUGAGGAAAAUCCAACCCCUGCCAAUUGGGAAGAAACCCCGAUGAAAGAUCGGAGCCAUGGGACUCCAAGGAAUCAAAGCCAAGAGCCUCAAGCGAACCGCGCCCCAACGACGGAAGAUGACACCCCGGUGAUUCAAGAAGCCCCAGUGACUGAAGAUAUCCAUCCCCAACAGACCCCAGAAGAGCGAAAUCAGGAGCCACAAGAAAAUCAAAGCCACGCGAUUGAAGAAAAUAGCAACCAAGACCCCCAAGAGAAUCCCAACCCGGCCAAUCCAGAAACAGAAGCAGAUCGCAGCCAGGGGAUUCCGGAAAAUCGACCCGAACGCACCGAGGUAGAUCGCAAUCAAGACCUUGCAGACCUUCAAGAAGCUCAACAGGCAAUUCCUGAUGCCAAUAUCCCCCAAAAUGAUCACAUGAACGAUCCAGCCAACAUUGAUGGGCCAAUUGCCGUCGAUAAUUUCAGUGACGAUGAAAGUAGCGAGUUUGGCGAUGAUUCCGAUAUCACAUCGCUUUCUUCCAGUGUCUUGGAGUAUGAAUUCGAGAAUGGUCGGCGCUAUCACAGCAACCGUGUUGUAAGUCUUUCCUGUUUUCGAGGUCGUCGGAUGCCAAACGACGAAGAAGAACAAGACCGAAUGGACUUGACACAUCACAUAUGGCUUUUACUGCUGAAAGGAGAGCUCCAUAAAGCCCCAGUCACCAAUCCCCAAAAGAUCCUCGAUCUCGGCACCGGCACGGGCAUCUGGGCUCUCGAUAUUGCCGAGAAAUUCCCCAGCGCAAAGGUCAUCGGAAACGACAUCAGCGCCAUCCAGCCAGAUUGGGUAGUCCCGAACGUCGAAUUCAUCAUCGAAGACUUCGAAAGCGAAUGGCUCUACCAACCAAACAGCUUCGACUUCAUCCACGCACGACUCCUAGCCGGCUGCGUAACCAACUGGCCCGCCUUCUUCCGCAAAAUCUUCGCCCACAUCAAACCGGGCUGCUACUUUGAAAUCCAAGAAAGCGGCUUCUGGGCCUGGAGCGACGACGGCACCGUCACCCAUGAAUCACCCAUCAACCAGUACCUCUCUGCUCUCAUCGAGGCAGGCCGCGCUAUCGGCCGCGAACUCAACAUCUACUACAAGCUGAAAGACUGGAUGGUCGAAGCGGGCUUCGAAGAUGUCCAGCAGUUUACGUAUCUGCUGCCGUACUCGCCUUGGCCGCGGGAUCCUCAUCUGAAAGAGUUGGGGAAGUAUCAGGCUCUUAUGGUGCAGCAGGCGGUCGAGUCUUAUGGGCUGAGACUCUGUACGCAGGUUCUUGGGUGGGGAGUGGAGCCUUCGCGGAUCUUCCAGGCGAUGGCGAAGAAGAAUUUGAGGGAUAAGAAUGCACAUGCUUAUGUUAAAGAGGUUGUUGUUUAUGGUCGGAAGCCUCUUAAUAGUUGGUGA